UGUUCAUUCGUGUUCCUUGUGUCGAGUUGUGAAGACCGCAUUGCUUUUUCUGCUAGAUUUUGAAUUCAAUCUAAAUAAACACAAUGGCUGAUAAUGAUGAUCUCUUAGAUUAUGAGGAUGAGGAUCAGACCGAGCAGGUUACUACCGAACCAGCGGAGCAGCCGAAAAAAGAUGUGAAGGGAACGUACGUUUCGAUUCACAGCUCUGGUUUCAGGGAUUUCCUGCUGAAGCCCGAAAUUCUUCGUGCCAUUGUUGACUGUGGUUUCGAACAUCCGUCAGAGGUUCAACAUGAAUGCAUCCCGCAGGCGGUGCUUGGUAUGGAUAUUCUGUGCCAGGCAAAGUCCGGUAUGGGAAAGACGGCAGUGUUCGUGCUGGCUACGCUGCAGCAGCUGGAGCCAACGGAAAGUGUACCGUACGUACUGGUUAUGUGCCACACUCGCGAGUUGGCAUUCCAAAUCAGUAAAGAGUACGAGCGCUUUUCCAAGUAUAUGCCCAGUAUUAAGGUAGCGGUAUUUUUCGGAGGGCUGCCUAUUCAAAAGGACGAAGAGGUACUGAAAUCUACGAACCCACAUAUCAUCGUUGGAACACCGGGUCGUGUUUUGGCGUUGAUUCGUAACAAGAAGUUGAAUUUGAAGCAUCUUAAGCAUUUUAUCCUGGACGAGUGCGACAAAAUGUUAGAGCAGCUAGAUAUGCGUCGCGACGUGCAGGAGAUUUUCCGUAAUACACCGCACGGCAAACAAGUAAUGAUGUUCUCCGCAACUCUCAGCAAAGAGAUUCGUCCCGUGUGCAAGAAGUUCAUGCAAGAUCCGAUGGAAGUGUACGUUGAUGACGAAACUAAACUGACGCUACAUGGACUACAACAGCAUUACGUUAAACUAAAGGAGAACGAGAAGAACAAAAAGUUGUUCGAACUGUUGGAUGUGUUGGAGUUCAACCAGGUUGUCAUCUUCGUGAAGUCCGUACAGCGCUGUAUGGCAUUAGCUCAGCUGCUUACGGAGCAAAACUUCCCGGCUAUUGGAAUUCACCGUGGGAUGGUACAGGAAGAGCGCUUGUCCCGGUACCAGCAGUUCAAGGAUUUCCAGAAACGCAUCCUAGUCGCCACCAACCUGUUCGGGCGCGGAAUGGAUAUUGAACGUGUUAACAUCGUUUUCAACUACGAUAUGCCCGAGGAUUCCGACACCUACCUGCAUCGUGUAGCUCGCGCCGGACGUUUCGGUACCAAAGGGCUGGCGAUUACGUUUGUUUCCGAUGAGACGGAUGCCAAGAUUUUGAACGAAGUGCAGGAUCGAUUCGAUGUCAACAUCACCGAACUGCCGGAUGAAAUUGAUCUUUCGUCGUACAUUGAAGGACGAUAAAAUGCCCCGUCGGUUCAAUAUUUGAAUUUAGAUUAAUUUAGUUUGUAACUGGAGUAAAAUGGUAAAAAUUCACAUCCUGACAGUUUCUUUUAUAAAAUUGAGCAAUUUGAUUUACUAUUUUUUGUAGUAAAUGUCAGUUUUAUACUCCAAACAGCAGAAUACUGACUCUAUUAACACUCGAUUAGUUUCAAAUUUCCCUAUAUGCUAAUUUUAUAUCUAAUUCUGAUGUGUUACUCUGUCAUCGAUUUGGUGUUUAAGCACAUAAUUUUAUCAAGUUUAUUAUUUAAAUUGUCGGAAACAAAUAAAUAUACAAAUACAUGGCAA